AUGCUGUCCUGGCGGCUGCACACGGGCCCCGAGAAGGCCGAGCUGCAGGAGCUCAACGCCCGGCUCUACGACUAUGUGUGCCGGGUGCGGGAGCUGGAGCGCGAAAACUUGCUCCUGGAGGAGGAGCUGCGUGGCCGGCGCGGGCAGGAGGGUCUGUGGGCCGAGGGGCAGGCCCGCUUCGCCGAGGAGGCGCGCGGCUUGCGGCAGCAGCUGGACGAGCUGAGCUGGGCCACGGCGCUGGCCGAGGGCGAGCGCGAUGCGCUGCGGCGCGAGCUGUGGGAGCUGCAGCGGCUGGGCGAGGAGGAGCGCGCCGCCCGCGGCCGCCUGGACGCCGAGCUGGGCGCCCAGCAGCGCGAGCUGCAGGAGGCGCUGGGCGCGCGCGCCGCCCUCGAGGCGCUGCUGGGCCGGCUGCAGGCUGAGCGCCGCGGCCUGGAAGCGGCCCACGAGCAGGACGUGCGGGAGCUGCGCGCGCGCGCCGCCCGCCUGACCAUGAGCUACCGGGUCCGCGCCACCGGCCCCGCCGCGCCCCCGCAGCGCCUGCGGAAGGUGCACGACAGUUACGCGCUGCUGGUGGCCGAGUCGUGGCGGGACACCGUGCAGAUGUACGAGGACGAGGUGCGCGAGCUGGAGGAGGCGCUGCGGCGCGGCCAGGAGAGCCGGCGCGAGGCCGAGGAGGAGACGCAGCUGUGCGCGCAGGAGGCGGAGGCGCUGCGACGCGAGGCGCUGGAGUUGGGGCAGCUUCGCGCGCUGCUGGAGGAAGAGCUGCGGCGGGUGCAGGAGGAGUACGAGCUGCAGGCAGAGGAACGGCAGAGAGUGAUAGCCUGCCUGGAGGAUGAGAAGGCGGCCCUCACCUUGGCCAUGGCUGACCGGCUGCGGGACUACCAGGAGCUCGUGCAGGUGAAGACCAGCCUCAGCCUGGAGGUGGCCACGUACCGAGCCUUACUGGAAGGCGAGAGCAAUCCAGAGAUAAUCUUGACCGAACGCAUUGAAAACAUGCCACAAGAGCUCAGGAGCACGUCCUAUCGAUACAGCAGCUCGGUGUUACAGAGGGAAAAUGAGAGAAAUCGGUUUGCAAGGCAGAAAGCACCCACGGCCAACUUCAGCCACAGCCUGACACAGCGCCCUCACCUGCUGGCACAGCCCACCAUUGGGAGUGCAGCCGGAAGAGACCUCCUGGGUUCAGAAUAUUCUUCCCGUACCACCACCCGGCAGGAAACAACUUACGAAAAAACUUCCAACUUGCAUGAGAAAACCUCCAAGAGUCCAACCAACUUCAGAACUUUCUCUUCAACAAACAGUCUUUUAAGAAAUACUGAAGCGCCGGUGAAAACAUUCCCCGAGAGGCCAAGAACCGCAGGUCCGCAGGACACCUCCGCCCAUGCGGCCCGAGAGUCUGCUGUGGCCUCCAAGUCCUACCAAGAGCCCCGGGGCGACGUGUCGGCAGGCUCUUUCCAAAGCACUUGGUUGAGUGAGAGGACCGUUGUGACAAAGACAGAAGCUGAGGCCACGAAGGAGCAAGACAGAAACAGGCCCGAAGCCGUCCAGAAAAAGUGGGAAGAGAAGAUGUUUGAUUCCAAAGAGAGGGCUUCAGAGGAGAGAAACCUAAGGUGGGAAGAGCUGACAAAGUUAGAUAAAGAAGCAAGAAUGAGAGAAAGCCAGCAACUGAGGGAAAAGGGGAGAGGGAGGGAGUCGGCGCAGGAGAAAAGCGUGAGAGAGAGAGAGGUGCCCAUCAGUCUAGAAGUCUCCCGGGAGAGCUCGCCACAGGUGGCCCCGAAAGCUUUCCAGAUGCCCCCACGGGAGGACACUCGUGACGGUACCGGGAGAGGCGUGGAAACCCGGGAGGCCCGGUUCAGGGUGGGCCCUGGCGACACCGCCAGCUCGCCGAAGGGCGAGUCCACGACCGAAACCGUGGCAGAACACAUCGUGUCCAGCAUCCUGAAGCAAUUCACCCAGUCUCCGGAGGCAGAGGCAUCUGCUGAUGCUUUUCCAGACACAAAGGUCACUUACGUGGACAGGAAAGAGCUUCCCGGCGACGGGAAAACAAAGACUGAGAUAGUCGUGGAGUCGAGACUGACGGAGGAGGUCGAUGUGUCAGACGAAGCCAGCCUGGACUACCUCCUGAGCAAGGACAUUCAGGAGGUGGACCUGAAGGGAAAGGCGGCUGGGCAGAUGAUAGGAGACAUCAUCAACCUGGGUCUGAAAGGAAGAGAGGGCAGAGCAAGAGUCGUCAACGUGGAGAUUGUCGAGGAACCCAUGAGCUAUGUCAGUGGCAAGAAGGCAGAGGAGUUUUCCACCCCGUUCGAAGUGGUGGAGGUGGACGAUGUGUCUCCGGGCUCCAAGGGGCUUUUUGAGGAGGAAGAAGGUUACGGAGGAGCAGACGUCACAUUCUCAGCAAACCAGCGUAAGAAGACCAGGUGGCCCCACGAGAGCGUAACCCAUGUCGAAGAAGUCACGGAGGCGGGCGACUCGGAAGGGGGAGAGCAGAGUUACUUUGUGUCCACGCCCGAUGAGCACCCCGGGGGGCAGGACAGGGACGAGGGCUCCGUGUACGGGCAGAUCCACAUUGAAGAAGAGUCCACCAUCCGGUAUUCUUGGCAAGAUGAGAUUGUGCCCGGGUCUCGGAGAAGAACCAAGAGGGAAGAUGGGUGGGGAGAGACGGUUGUGAAACCACCGGACAUCUUGGAAGCUCCGCUGGAAGAGGACGUGGGUCCUACUCACUGGAAAGAACAAACUAGAAGUGGUGAAUUCCAUGCGGAACCCACAGUUAUCGAAAAGGAGAUUAAAAUACCGCACGAGAUCCAUAUGUCCAUCAAGGGGGCCUUCAAGGAGCCCCGACACCAGCUGGUGGAAGUGAUCGGGCAGCUGGAGGAGAACCUUCCUGAGCGCGUGAAGGAAGAGCUGUCGACCCUCACCAGAGAGGGUCAGGGUGGGCCCGGGAACGUGUCCGUCGACGUCAAGAAAGUGCACACCUCUGGCGGGAGGGCCGUGACCUUGGUUGCCGAAGUCAACCUCUCAAAAACCGUGGACGCCGAUCAGUUAGAUCUGGAGGAGCUGAGCAAAGAUGAAGCCGGGGAGAUCGAGAAGGUUGUGGAGUCGGUGGUACAAGACAGUCUGGCCAGGCGGCACAGCCCGGGCCCUGGGAGCCCAGACAGGGAGAGUGCGGCGGAGACCCCAGGGGCUGGCCUACGCUUCAGGCGCUGGGCCACGCAGGAGCUGUACCGCCCCCACGGUGAGGAGGACGACGCCGGCCAGGCCUCCCCCAGCACGGAGCCGGCCGCGUCCCAGGGGCCCGUGUCGGCCACCGUGGAAGUCACCAGCCCGAGGGCCUUUGCCCAGUCACACGUGCUCGAGGAUGUGAGCCGGUCUGUGAGGCGCGUUCAGGUAGCCCCCGCUGGCAUCUGGAGGACUGAGCACAUCUCCCACGAGGGACCCACGGCACAGGUGGUGGAGGUGGACGUGAGUAACAUAGAGGUGACCCCCCGCUGGACACGAGAGACCACAGUCGUCUUCCCCGUGGGGACGGAAGCAUCCGCACAUGGCACCCCUGACCCUGGUGCCUGGAGAGAUGGGGGCAGCGGGAAGGCCUGGGUGGCUGGCGGGAGCUUUCAGGGCUCUGCUGGGGAUGGACACCAAGUCCCCGGGGAAAAGGGCAAGGAGCAGGCUGAGUUUGACAAGGCAGUGCGGCUACAGAGGAUGGUAGACCAAAGGUCAGUGAUUUCGGAUGAAAAGAAAGUGGCCCUCCUCUAUCUAGACAAUCAGGAGGAGGACAGUGAGGGACACUGGUUUUGA